GUUCAACCUUAGUUAGCCUCCAUCCACUUCCUCGCCACGCCGUAGCGCAGUCGUUUUGGACUACCUUUCCCCUUCCUAAUCUUCUCUUUUGAGAACGCCUAUUUUGAGAGACUAGUGGGUGCAGCUUGGGAUCCCAAACAUAGACACGUUUCCGUUGUCCCUGAACAGCUGUAAACAAUCAGAUGUAUUCUCACACACCACCUCUUCUGCCGCCCAAGCCAUCAGGAAGUCACGAGGUGACACACAUAAACACAGCGGAAACCUCGCCGUCGCCGCGGCCCCCCGAACGUCCGGAGACAGGGGGUCCCGGUGCCGAUGGCUUUCAACAAGGAGGCUUGACCCACAAUGGGCAAACCAUCUCGGACCCCGGCGAGCAAUGGUUGCCCAAGUUUCUCCAAGACAAGUCCAAGCAAGACGAUCUCGUCGUGAUCCUCUCCAACCCAUCGCUUCUCUCCGCCUUGACACAUUCACCGGAAACCAUCCACCCGUCUUUACAGGCGUCACACGACACAUUGCAGUCUGCGCUGGCUGAGAACGUCCAGCGGGCUGCUCAGCUGCUGAAUCUCGAGGCACGCCUUGCGAACCGUCGAUCAUCGACUCAAGCUCAGCUUCUGUCGACCCACGCCCUCGAACGCCAAUGGCGGGCCAAACAAGCCGAGAUGGACCAUGCCCUCACCCACUUUGCCCCAGUACGGCUGUACCAACGGCUCAGCCAGGGCUUGCAGGAGCAAGAGGCCGUGUGUUGUGCUCUCGAGGAAAGUUUUCUCGAUAGUGGUGGCGAUGGCACGCCUGCGUCGGAGCGAGAGACCAGCGACUGGGUCAGGAAAUAUAGGGAGGCCAAGAAGCUAUACUACCUGCGGCAGGAACGCAAGGAGAGAUGGGACGAGGGGAGGGUUGGUGGAUGGCGCUGAUGAAUAAUGAUGUGAUCAUGAAACGACAAAUGCGUCUCUGUCCCCGUCUGGACCGUGAGCGCUGAUUGUCAACUGGCACGUUGGAAAGAUACCAGCAACCUGAUGACCCAAAGCAACUCAACGCUGUGUCUCGUUGAAAGGCAUCUCCAGCCAUGCUAUGAAGGUGUGGUAUCUGGGAUGUUGGGGCUCAAGAAGCUUUAGUUGCUCGGCUUCCCCACAGGUGCGUUCCUUUCAGCACUUUUCUCAUUACCAGUCAUGUGAAACGGAUCUUAUAAAGACGUAUAUCCGGGUCAAAGCCACCUACUACUACAAAGAAGAGCAACAACGAGUUUAAUGGAUAUGUGUGGUUUCUGGAAACUUGCAGAUCUCCCCCCUGAGACGAGAAACCAACUGGAACGCCCUGACUGUCACAACUAAAUGCCCCUUGGCCUUACUUGGGAAGUUUCUUCGAACUACUCAGGCUGCCAGUCAACCGCAACGGAAAGUAAAUCAGAAAAGCAGGAAGAAGGGGGGCACACGAGAACUUGCAGGGAAAAGGUACGACUCAUAUUUGCAAGGGAACAACGAACCACUCGUCCUUAACGGUACCAUCGAGUUUAAAGUUCACUCGUGCUAUGAUGAUGCUCCAUUUAUGAGUUCCACCACCCACAAGGAAAUGGUCAGGCAUUGGUAACCCGAAUCAGCAGAUGUUGGGACACUCGUACCUGCCAUAGUCGGAGAGAGAAUGGUGAUCAGCAGCAGGCUUCACAGCUGUGUGCUUUUGGAGGCUAUUGACAGCUCGUUGGCGAACAUUGGUACAAAUAAACCGAACACGUUACGGUCAGUAUAUCAGACCUUGAACUUCACUCCUAGGGCUUACCUGGAUGCACUUGAUGGGUUCUGGCCGGUGUGUCUUUCAAUUCCUAGAUUCCUAUUACAGCUUUGUAUCAGUCUUUCCGACUUAGACCGAGCAAUAUCGGACCAUCCAUCCCUGUUUGGUUUGUACUUGCAACCGCUAGGUUGGUAAAGGUCGAUAUCCGGUCUCGAUCUUUUCAGGUAUGCUUGCAUCAUGAGAAGCUUCAAUAUAACCUGUGGUUAGUCCUCUGAUUAUAUAUUUUCUCGUUCAUUUUG